GGGAGAGUAAGGUCGGUGUCAAAUCGAUUAUGAGCCGAAAUAGAAUUAGCAAAACAAUGGAUAAUGAUACGACUCACCGGUCAAUAUUGGACUUUUCCAAAUACUGCAUGAUACUGUCGGGAAUAUGGCGAUUACCUCUACCUACCAAUAACAGAGCCCUUAAAAAACUUUACAUGUUUUAUUCAUUAAUCGUCCAUAUUUAUCUCCCGAUAUUUCUAGUUUCUCUUUGCAUCCAAGUCGCAAAAUCUAGCACUUCUAUUAACGAUCAAAAAAGUUCGGUCAAAGUGUUUGAACAAUUAUCGUACAUGAUCGGUUUGGUGAUGAUAACUGCCACUGCGGUUCUCUAUCAAACAAAAGCUGUUAAGGAAAUAAUAUACUACAUCAUCAAUGAAGAUAUAGCCUUAUCUCAAUCAAAAGACAACGAAGUGUUACAAAGUCAUUCUACGCAAGUCAGGUUUUGUAAACAGUCCAACUUCGGCGUAGCCAUUUUAAUGACUUGGAUGGGAAUAUCAAUGAUUUUUGUUAACUACUGGAGCCGCCUUCAAGCCGAAAAAUACAAUAGAGAACACAACGCGAGUAUAGCGAAGCCGCUACCGUACGAUUUGUAUUAUUACAAACUUGACAAAGCCGAACACGCGUCGAUGUUGUUAGCCCUGAACGACAUCACAGUGAUUGUACUUGGUCUUCUGGCCGCAUCGACGAAAAUGUUUUUCUUCUCUUGCAUAAUUUUUCCGGCGUCCAUUUUGAAACGAUUGCAGAUUCGACUCAGGAAAGUAACAAUGUCGGAAGACGUUUUUUUCAGAUUGAAGGAGUGUGUUUUGGAACACCAACGUGUCAUGGGAUUUAUUGGCAAAUUGAAUGACUCCGUGAAGUAUGUGAUAUUUUUGGAAUAUGUUGUAAAUGCAUUGACGAUAGCCACAGUCUCAGUUCAACUAAUAGCGUUCGACCCAAAACAAAUGACCUAUUCGAUUCCCUUCUUCGGAAUUGUCUUCUCUCAAAGUUUCGUCGUUGGAUGGAGCGCAAAUGAGAUAAAGAUUCAAAGUUCAGCGUUAGCGGACGCAAUCUAUAAAAGUGGGUGGUAUGAACAAAAUGUCCUGGUUCAAAAGAUGUUACUUACUAUGAUGAUGAAAGCUCAUAGACCUUUGGUGCUGACCAUUGGCCCGUUUGGCCCAAUGACUACUCAGUCUGCUGUAGCUAUAGUGAAAGGAUCAUACUCAUACAUCACCGUUAUGAUGAAAAAUUAGAUAUGUGGUGUUCCAUGCCAAACCGGAUCGUUUAAGGAAAAAAGGUGUUUUGGAUUUUAUUAAAUUUUGGUUAGUUAGUUUUGGUACCAAGUAGAGUCAUUCAAGUGCGAAAAGGCACUUCGUUGCACAUUGCACUUGCUUAUAGAUCUUACAGCAUACUGAGAAAUGUAAAUAAUUUGCAAAUGUCAAAAUUAAACUCUCGG